AUUCUUUGCUUUUAUGAAAAAUGUCUAAGAUGAGCUAUGUUAACGCAUAUUUAAAUUACCUGCGGGACUGCAAACGCCGGUUUGGAUCCAUAUACCACGGACAGAGGGUGGUACACGUCGCAGCGCAGCGUUGGCGUGCGAUGUCCCCAGACCACAGAGCUCGGUACCGUGCGCCUGACUAUCGACCUGCAAGCUCCAUAGGACGCAUUAAGCAAGGCAACAGCAGCAGCUUGCUCUGCACUGAACAGGAUGCCAUAGCCAGCACAACAGCUCCUGCAGUAGUGUCGACUGAUUCCUCCCUGGACGAGGAGGAAUGUUUCUGGACGCGUAAAAGCGAGCCCAGCUGUGCUAAAAGUAAGCCCAUGAAGGCGAGUUGUGGAAAGCGCAGACGCAAGAAGUCGGCUUGCAAAAAGCGCAAAAGCAGGAGGUCCAAGAAAAGCUGCUCAAAGCCACCCCGCAAGUCUCGCAAAUCCCGCAAAUCCAACAAGUCAAAGUGCAAGAAGACUGAUGAUGAUCCUCAAGAAAUUUGACUAAAAAGAACCAAAGAAAAUUACACGUAUCGAAGUCGAGUUUUAUAGACUGGAAUAUUCGUA